AUGACAGUCGAGACCCAAGCGCCCGUUACGAUCAGCUACAAGGACCUGCUCGCGCGGCCCGAAUCUCUGAAGAGCGACAUCGAGCGCGCCCUCGGGUCGGACGAGGGCUGUCUCGGCGUCAUUCUUGUCAAAGACCUACCCGAGGAGUUUCCAGAGCUUAGGGCCAACCUCUUCCAGCAAUCUGCCCGGCUUGCGGCCCUCGAUCCAUCCUCGCUGGCCGAGCUCGAGUCACCCUCGAGCAGCUACUGUUUCGGCUGGAGCCACGGCAAAGAGGUCAUGAACGGGCGCCCGGACACUGCGAAGGGAUCCUUCUAUGCGAAUCCCUUGCUCGACUCUCCCAACGUCUCCUCAGAUCUCCGGGCUCAGUAUCCGGAAUACUACGAGGGGAACACUUGGCCGAGUGCUUCCGUGUUGCCCGACUUUGAGCGGGACUUCAAGGCGUUGGGCGGGCUGAUUGCCCAAGUUGGGAUUGAACUCGCCAAAGCGUGCGACGUGAAUGGAUUCUCACCCACCCCUAUCGCGCCCAUGAUCGAGCGCUCUAGGGCGAACAAGGCGAGACUGCUGCACUACUUCCCCUCCACCUCAUCAUCCUCAGAAACAGAGGCCGAGGGGGCCGAGGGGGCCGAGGGAGAAGCGGAGGGGGCAGAGGACGACGCCUGCGGCGUGCAUCUCGACCACUCGCUGCUCACCGGGCUGUGCUCGGCGCAAUACCUCUCUCCAACGCCCAACCCUACCUCUCCACCCAGCUUUGACGAAGUCUCUCCUAAUCCAAAGGCGGGUCUGUACAUCUACCCGCGCCAACGCCUGUCCCCAGAACAAUCCGAAAAGGAAAUCGGCCUGGCCUUGAAGGGCAAGAGCAGCGUGGCCCCCGUCAAAGUCAGCAUACCCAAGGACUGCCUCGCGUUCCAGACUGGCGAGGCGCUGAGCGUGCUCACGCAGGGGCGGCUCAGUGCCACGCCGCACUUUGUUGCUAGUGGCCGCCAGAGCUCGAGUAGGGAGACAUUCGCCUUCUUCCUCCAGCCCGACGUUGGGGAUGAUCUUGGCGGGGAGACGUUUGGCGAGUUUACGAAGCGCGUCCUGAAGCGGCAUUACGCUUAG